AUGUUUUCCGGACAGGUCCGCAAGUACGUGGACUCCGCGGUGGAGUCUGUCCUGUCCCCCUUUGUAGAUUCCUUGGAUAAGGCAGGAUCGCCUGGAGGGAAGUCUGCACACAGAGGAAAAGUUUCUUUCAGGGACGGCAAGAGUGCCCGGCGGAAAGAUGGAUCCCCUUCGCGUGCGGAGGGGGACGACGCGGGGAGCAAGGCGGAAGGCGGAAGCAGGCGGCCAGAAGAGGGCCGCGGUUCUUUCUUCCGUUGGGCAAGGAGCAAAUUCUCAAAUGCACAGGAGCGGAGGGAACGGAAUCGAACGGGGAAGAGCCGCUCUCCUGCCUCGAGCGGCGAAGAGCGGUUCCGCCACUCUGAUUUAUCGGGAGAAACGUCGCGGCAACGGCGCUGGAGAUCGCCGAGUGGCGAUGACUCGAGCAGUUCCGCAGCAGAGACUGCGCGGAAACGUGGACGAUGGCCUGUUUCCCUCAUCGGUUCAUCAUCGAGGGGCGAAAACGCAUCUGAGUCCAGCGUUGACGAAGAUGACCCGCCAUCCCCAGAUUAUGCCUUCCGUGCAGGAGCGUCAAGUGCCACUGGCGGCGGAGACAUCGUAUACACAAACAUCAAACUGCGGCGUGAUCUCCUGUCUUCCUCAGGACUGCCGUUCGUUCUCUCUCACGGUGUCAUUUCAUGUGUGCGCAUAUCCAUCCCUCCCCUGCUCUCGCUUGCUCCGAUCGUAAUAUCUGUGGAGGAUGUCCUCCUCCUGUUCACACCUCUGCCCACCGAGUCGUGGAACCCACUGGAGAUUCGUCGCCACGCUCAGCAGCAACGACGGGACCUCAUAGCAGAUCUUGAGCGAGAAAUCGAAAAUCAGCUUCGCCAAAACCUUGGGUCCGGAGGCCUGGGGUGCAGCACGCCGUCACACCCUCGAAGCGUGCGCAGCCUGACGUCUUCUUCUCACACUCUCUCCAGAGAGAGUUAUGCAGUUGCGUCAGGCGGAACCAUGCUGGCAGGCGAUCGAAGCGCUUUCGGCGCGACAUUGGGUCCAAGCACGGGCUUGGUGGAGGACUCUCGGGGUAGAGGCACGGGCUCGACACCUGGAGGGGGGGGGUCCCGGCAUAUAUCCGAAACAACAUUGAGAAAUGGUUACUCGGGCGACUAA